AUGCUGGCAAUAGCAUGUAACGACGACAAAAAGGCGCAGGAGAUCCUCGUUUCGCUUCUCCAGACGUACCCUGAUUUGGUGGACUAUGCGAAAAGUAUUUCUCCAGCAACUGGCAAACUGGUACUUCGACAGGCGAAAAGAAGCAUGGAUGCCUACGAUUCUAUAAAGAAAGGUGGCUCGGUACUCUCUCUGGCUGAGAAAAUUGUCUACUUGUCAUCGAGAACCAAUUACGGAUACGCUUUACCGUGGGAGUACGCGACUCCGGUGUCUGCACUGAAAAAGAGCGAUGAUCUGUACGUGGACGCAACUGAUGGAGGGUUGCGACAGAGCCAACACCGAGACGUGUCGUGGCUGCGUAUUCCACACGUCUUUGCGUCGUCAGAUGCCGUCUUCACCUGGUCUGGGUUCGAAACACUGUAUCAAGAUGGCCUGGAAAACUGCUCUUUUGUGGCGUCCCUCCUGUCGAUCGGAGUUAUGGAAAAGAGAUGCAAUUACAGUCUGCUGAAGGAGGCUCUACUCGACAAGUCUUCAAACCAUCACUUGGGAACCCCCCCGAGUUCUGGAAGAUACGAUAUCAAGCUAUUCAUCAACGGCUGUGAUCGUAGAAUCACCAUCGAUGACCGUUUUCCAAUCAGAGAACCGUCACUACCAAAUAUGUAUCUUCGGUCAUACACAAAUCCCACUCUGGUGUGGCCAGCAUUACUGGAAAAGGCCUUUAUGAAAGUUUUGGAUGGAUAUGACUAUGCCGGAAGUCAUGCGGGAGGGGAUACCUUCGUCUUGUGCAAGUGGUUUCCCGAGUUUGUCUCUCUGACGUCAUAUCACGAUACCAAUGGGCUCUGGAGGUACAUUUACGACUCAUGGCUCCAAGGGGAUGUGUUAUUGUGUCUUGGAACAGGUAGUUUUUCGCGUGAGGAAGCAGACUACAAGGGGUUGCUUGGAGAGCACGACUAUGCGGUUCUAGAGUUGAGGGAGAUUCAGGAUGGGUGUAACACUGCCCAUAUUCUUCGCAUUCGAGAUCCACUUCUCUUUGGACCCUUCUCCAACCCCAAGAACCCGUUAGUGGAGGAAUCAAACCGACUGGCAAAGCUGGUGGAUGGCAAAAAUGUCGAUAUGGCUUCUAGGGGAGAAAUUUGGAUGGACUUCAACCAGGCCACACGGGAGUAUCAGUCUCUGUAUUUGAACUGGCGCCCUGAACGGUUUUUUUGCCGUCUUGAACAGCAUUUCUUCUGGAAGACCAGCGACAUCAUGGACUUUCAAAUGUGUGGCUCGUUUGUUCAAAACCCACAGUACACAAUCACCAACAAUGGUACCAAGACGGCCACUGGAAAGUUGGUGCUUCUGAGACACACUCAGGGACGCGAAACGGACGCCAAGAGUUUCUGUUGCAUUCAUUUGUUUGAGGGAGCAACACGCGUUGUUCUUCAGGAAACAAGUCAUGCAGUCUACAAGGGCAAAUUGAUGAAUUUGCAUUACUACACCGUUUCUUUGACCCUCAAACCCGGAGAGUCUACGACGGCUGUCAUGGCAUGUUCUGGAAUGACGGAUUCCGAACCCAUGUACAGGUUCUCCUUGUUUCUCUACGCCAACAACCCCCUGACCAUGUCCAAGCCCACUGCGCCUCUGGCAUACUCUCAAAUCUUCAAAGGAAAGUGGUCAGAGGACCAGGCAGGGGGGAAUUGGGCAAAACCAAUGUACAUUCACAAUCCCCAGUUUCUGUUGACUGUGAAUGAACAUUGUGACCAGCUGUACAUUUACCUAACCUCGUCUUCCCGUCAACCCAUAGCUGCCCAGCUUUUCUGGGGUUCCAAGUCGCUCAAGGAGUAUAAGGAGAGUGCGAUUGAGACCUCUUCGGGCAAGUACAAGACAGGAAGCACUCACUUGAAGACCCGGAAUAUUGACGCAGGCUCCAACUUGAUUCUCAUAAUCUCCACUUUUGAUUCCGCUCCCCAGACUGACUACAACAUCAGGGUGUUUUCCUCUGGAAACUUUUCGCUCACCCAGCUGGCUCGACAUACCGCGGGCAAGUUUACCAAGAGUCACAAGAGCAAGUUUUACAAUAGCUGUUCGGAGCAGGUGGAAUUCAGUGUGCAGCAGUCCACACAACACUUGUCUUUGGCAGCACGAAUGAUCAAAACACGACCAUUCAUCCGUUUGACAAUCAGAGAGGCACAAAGCAACACUGUGGUGGCCACGACAAACACCUUUUCCGACUCCAUUUACGGUGUGCAUCUAGACGGAGUGAGGGUCUCGAGAGGACUGGUGUAUUUGGCUGUUAUUGAGAAGAUGGAGCACAGCAACAACGAGCCUUAUGUGAUGGAGUUUGCUGCAGACACGUUGGUGACUUUGGGUCAUUAG